AGGCAGCCAGCUAGCUCAAUGGCUCAAUCCGACUGAACGGCCCAUUCGGACCACCAACACCCCCCCUCCUUCACCCAGCGAGCACGAUACGGCACACCCCAUCUGACUUCUUGGUCCGGGACUUGUCAUCAUGGCCGACAUCGACCUCGCCUACAGCUGUGUAGACACCGCCGGCGCCGCCUCGGCCAGCACCGUCGUCCUCAAUCGCCUCCUCCGCACCCGCCAGGAUGCACCCCCGCAGCUCCGCGACCUCGUCGCCCAGACAGCCGCCGCCAAGCAGGCCCUCAAGCGGCUGCUCGCCAUGGUCGACUGCGAUAGCCCAUCAUUCACGAGCGAGGCCGAGGUUGCCGAGCUCGGCGGCCACCUCGACGAUCUCGUGGCCGUCUUCAGAGACCUCCAGGAGCACGCCGCGAAGGUCUCCCAGGCCACCCGCAGCAUCGAAAAGUCCACCUGGACCCUGGUCUGGCCCGUGGCCAAGAUCUCGGCCAGCGAGGAAGCUCUAAAGAACAAAUUGGCUGUUCUCGGGUCGUACAUGGACGGCUCUCGGGUUAGUGACGCUGCUGCCCCGGUAGCGGACCAUCAAGUCCAAGCCAGCCCUCUGCCAGCCGCAGAGCAAGGUCCUGCAGAGCCAGUGGCCCCGAAUGAGGGUGGAACGCAACCGAUUCCGCCUCAGAUCGUUCAUGUGGACUCGGGAUCAGCCGGCCCCAGUACCCCAGCCCCAGUCACGGGAAAGGCUCCUGUAGCCUCCCAGCAGUCGGAAUCAUCUAUUCUUGACGAAAAAGUCAGACUGCGGAUGCGGGAAUUCGGCGCCACAGCCGUGAGCCUCGGCUCCUCGCAGGAUGCCGCUGGGAGGCAUUCUUCCACGUCUUCCGACGAGAAUGCCGCGCCGCCCAUGGGCGCAGUAAUAGACAGCCCGCCACAGUACGAAGAAGCAGAGAGGCAAUUCCGGCAGCUGCAACUCCAGCAAUUGCAGCAGCAGCAGCAACAAUUGCAACAGACUACCUCGGACAGGAGAGACACUACGAGCUCCUCGCGAUCGUCGGACCUGCCCCCCAGUCCUGGGAUCACCCCUCCGCCACAGCAACGUCAACAGCAACAGCAGCAGGUUCAGCUGCAGCGCCAGAUGCAGCCAUACCAAAGGGCCCUUGCCGCGACGCAGCCGAUGCAGCGAAACAUGGUUCCGCUUUCAGCACCCGCUGUGGACGCCAUGAAGACCGCAGCCGCCGGUACCAAGUUCGGCAUGAUAUCUGCACGCAAGAUGAAGUCGAGCCUGCUGCUCACAAAGUCGAGCUCCUUUGGGCCUGAGGAAGACGGCGAGGUCGACGCGAACCUGCCUCAGGGUGACGAGCUGUUCCCAGACCGCUUCUUGGAGCGCGUGACGAGCUACUCUCUCGGCAUCACGCCAGCAUGGGCACCAGUGAGCAUUCCGUCCAAGAAGAAGAAGAAGCCGGACAAGCAAAUGUACCGCAACCGCUUCACCAACACGAAGGAUCUCGACGUGACUCCGGAGCACCUGACUUCGCAUUUCAAGGUCGUCGAGAAGGACAUGUGGGACGCGAUCCUGCACCGCAGGUCAGAGCGCGUCCAAGAGGUCAUGGAGCAUCGGUGGCGCGACGACAUCAUCGUCGAGAAGCAGGACAACAUCACGGCUCUGCAUGUAGCGGCAGCCCUUGGGCAGUGCAAGAUUGUCAAGAUUCUGCUUUCCGUGGGGGCCACUGCGAACGUAACAGACCGCUAUGGGCUCACGCCUCUUCACUACGCCGCAGACUUUGGUUGCCCCAGGUGCAUCCACCUUCUCAUCAAUGCCGGUGCUCAGGUUGACAAGGAGCUGCCCAAGCAAAACAUCAAGACACCGCUGCGGUAUGCGGUGGCCAUGGGAAACACAGCUGCCACCGCGGCUCUGUUGGAGAGAGGUGCUCUGCUCCACGUGCAGGCCAGCACGGCCGAGGACACACUGCUCUACGUGGCAGCCUCGACGGGUGACGUGAAGCUGUGCGAUUUGCUGCUCAAGGCUGGCGCGAACCCCAAGGAGAGUUUCGAGGUGCUGGCGAUGGCAGCAAGCAAGUCAGUCGAACUCCUGGCAGCUCUGGUGGCAGCAGGUGCCGACAUCAACCUGCAGGGCCCGCCGACACCUCCUUCCAAGGAAAAAUCCAAAAAGGCAGUGGCCAAGGCAGUCCUGGGCCCCGGCGACACCCUCCUGCAUCGGUUCGUCGCGCUCGACGACAUGCGCAUGGUCGAUUACUUGCUGCUCUCGCUGAAGGCCUCGCCAAACGUCCCCGGCGACGAAGGCCGCUACCCGGUGCACAUCGCGAUAACCCCGAGCACGAAUCCGGGCGCUGGGGCAAACUCACUCCGUAUCGCCCAGGCCCUGGUUGCCCACGGAGCCGACAUUGAGGUGCGGAGCGGCCUGGGCCAGACCCCGCUGCAAGUGGCGGUCCUCUGGGGCCGCGCCGACAUGGCGCAGCUGCUCUGCUCGAGGCGCGCAAACAUUGACGCCGCCGACGACGCGGGAUUCACGCCGUGGACGGAGACGCAGCGCCAGGACUACCUGCGCCGGCAAGGGCCCCCGCGCCGAGUUGGGCCCUGGAGCGGCGGCGACUAUCGAGGCGUGGCCGAGAUGAUCAGUGCACGGCGGGCUCACAUGCAGCAGGAGCACCAGAAGCAGAUGGCGCUCCGGCAGCAGCAGCAACUACUACAACAACAGCCGCCGCCCCACGUUGUUGGUGCAGUCAAAGCAUUGCCGCUGGCACCACACCACCAGCAAAUGGUCCAAGUGGCCGCCGCACACUAUCCGGCCCCCGUGGAGCUGCCGCUGGUGAGCGCAGAAUCGCGGCCCGCACAAGAGGUUCAUGGGCAGAGUCUGAGCCCGGCGGCGGCGGCAGCGGCAACAGCAGCGGCAUCUGCGGCCGCGGCAGCUGCGGCACAACGCGGGGACCAGCAACGAGAUGGACAGCCUGCGCAAGUCAGCGUAGAGCUUCCUGCUUGAAGCGACGUUGACCGGUGCUGCAUAUCUGGGUUCUGGAAUAG